CCGUUACGUCAAGGGGAUGUGCCAUGUUUCGUAGGGCUCCACCACCGGCCGUCAUUUGCCAUCUUGUGGUGGAAGAGAGAGAAUCAGGUCGUCUUAAUCCACAUCUCCAUCGCGGCGCUUGUACAUUGGCUCCGUGCCUCAUUCACCACUUGUCAUCUUGCACUUCGUGUGCUCUUUCUCAUCGUGCAAGUAGCGUCUUCAUUCAUCAAAUACACGCGUCGCAAUCCCAAUAAAACCAAAAGUAUCCCAUGGCAGACUCUACCUGGGACCAACAGAAGGCCAAGCGCGCUUCAUCGCCUCAAAUCACUGGCCGUCGAGAGUCCGAGCCCGGCUUCACGGACUCUGUUACACCCAAGGCUCUGGACAUCGCUGUACCCGGCGGAUUCCGGCGCCACCACGUUCAAACAACCCCCCGACCCGUUGUGUCCAAAGCGCUGCGUGACCAGAUCAUCGACCGCAUCAACAGCGUGUACGACCCCUUCAUUGGUAACAUAUUAAGCCAGGACAAUGACGAAUACGAUGAGAUGAACGUCGAGGACCGUGCGCGUAGUCUGCUAAUGACACCGCCGCCGAUGACGCUCCCAGCGUAUCGACGAAGCCCGAGAGAAUUGGGAACGCCAACCGAGCGAACGGAGCUCAUCAAGACACAGCCAAGUCCACCGAAGUCAAAAGAUAGCGACAAAACGACAACGUUGUGGCAUGCUUUGUUGACAUUGCUCAAGUCUUUUGUGGGGACGGGGAUUUUGUUCUUACCUGAUGGAUUUCGUAGUGGUGGCAUUCUUUUCUCGCCGUUAUGUUUGACAUUUGUUGCGGCGCUGACGCUCUAUGCAAUGCUGCGGUUGUUGCAAUGCCGUGAGUUGGUUGGCGGCACGUACGGUCACGUCGGGUUUAAGGCCUAUGGAUCAUGGGGCCGCAGGAUGGUGCAGAUCUCGAUCAUCAUGAUGCAGGCAGGAUUUUGCUGUACAUAUGUGAUUUUUGUCGCUCAGAACAUGGCUGAAGUGCUUGCGUUCUGGGGAUACAGUGUGGAUACGUCUCUGCUUAUCCUGCUGCAAAUUGCCGUGUACAUCCCGCUGUCUUGGAUCCGAUACAUCAGCUACUUUUCCAUCAGCAACCUUAUCGCAGAUGUGUUUAUCCUGUACGGUUUGGCCUUCAUUUUGGGCAAUAGUUUCUGGCUACUGGCUACUCAAGGUCCUGCAAAGGAUGUGGAGCUGUUCAACCAGUCCGACUACCCCGUUUUCAUUGGCACUUCGAUCUUUACGUUCGAGGGGAUUGGCUUGGUGUUGCCUACACAGAGUUCGUUGAACCAGGCGCGUCAGAAACGCUUCCCGCGUUUGCUCUCAUGGACUGUGGUCGGUUUGCUUUUCUUCUACUCGUUCUUUGCUGGAAUCAACUACAUUACGUUUGGCAGUGGCAUUGCUCCUAUGGUCACAUCGAGUUUGCCGCGGAAUGGCUGGUCCAGUUCGGUGCAAUUUGGAUACGCAUUCGCUCAACUUUUGUCGUAUCCUCUGUUCCUGUUCCCGGCUGUGAAGAUUAUGGAGGAAAUGCUGGGUUUUCCAAAACGCGCAUCGGGGCAGAAGGUGGCGAAGAACUGCUUCCGUGCUGUGGCUGUGCUUGUCACUAUCUGCAUCGCGUACUUCGGUCAGGGCCGUCUCGAUCUCUUCGUGUCAAUCGUUGGCGCUUUCUGCUGUGUUCCUUUAAGUUUGGUGUAUCCUCCGCUGUUCUACUUGAAGCUGAACCCAAAGGCGUCGUGGCUGGACAAGAUUGUCGACUCGUUCGUGAUCUUCGUGGGCUUGCUCACGUUCUUCUACGUCACGUACUCAAACCUCCAGUCGUGGAGCCAGUAACUCGCACUGCUCAGAGUCUGGCAGUCCGGGUUGCCAUUCAACAUUAGAUUUUACUACACAAAUUGCUUUACCUUCAAAAAUCCAGCUCGCAAAUUAAAAAAAAAAAUUGACACGGAACCAAAUCAACAUCA